CUGAACUGCGUAUUGCGUUUUAACGCCAUUAAAGACAACGAAGAAGAGAAGGACCCUGGCUCCACCGGCUCGGAGCCGACAUGUCGGCGCUGCUCUGCCUCGUGGCAGCAGCUCUGUUCUCCUACGUGCUCGUUUACUACAGCGUGUUCAGGGGAGCUCGGUGCUCCAGCUCGGUGAAGCUGAACGGGAAGACGGCCAUUGUGACAGGGAGCAACACUGGCAUCGGCAGGGCCACGGCUCUGGAUCUGGCGAAGAGAGGGGCCAGGGUGAUCCUCGCCUGCCGCAGCAAGGCCAGCGCUGAGGCGGCUGCUUUCCACAUCCGUAGAGAGAGCGGCAACAACCAGGUGCUGUUCAUGCACUUGGAUCUGGCGAGUUUCCAGUCUGUUCGCUGCUUUGCUGAAACCUUCCUGAGGACUGAACCCAGACUGGACAUCCUCAUCAACAACGCAGGUGUGAUGGGGCCAGGGCACACAGCGGAUGGGUUCUGCGUGGCGUUCGGGGUCAACCACCUGGGUCACUUCCUGCUCACCAACCUCCUCCUGGAGAAGCUGCAGCAGUGCGGUCCCAGUCGCGUGGUCACUGUGGCUGCACUUCUGCACCGCUGUGGCAGCGCGGACUUCCCUCUGCUGGCACCCAAGAGGGACUUGGUCUCCGGUCAGUCCACCUGGCACAACGUCCGGGCUUACUGCAACAGCAAGCUGUUUAAUGUGCUCUUCACCAGGGAGCUGGCCAACCGGCUGGAGGGCACCAGUGUCACCUGCUACAGCCUCCACCCAGGGGUCGUCCACACAGAGCUGGGUCGCAGUAUGAGCCUGUGGCUGCAGCUCCUCAUGAUUCCCUUUGCCAAGGCCUUCUUCCUGGAUCCUGAGGGGGGGUCCCAGACCACCCUGUACUGUGCCCUGCAGGAGGGCAUCGAGCCUCUCAGCGGACGUUACUUCGCCAACUGUGCACUACAGCAAGUGGGCGCCAAGGGGCGAGAUGAUGCCCUGGCAAAGAAGCUGUGGGAGAGAAGGAAGUGUUGGGAUGCACCCGGUUCACUGAGUCAGUGCAACGGGAGUCACGACGGAGCGCUUCACGAUCGGCUGCAUCGCUUCAUGUUUCUGUCUGCUGGAACAUGGUUCGGCAGUUUUUGCACAAAGCGAUGGACAGAUGUGCUUGUGGCAGUAAAGCAGGCCUCGUGUUGGUGGGGAGGAACACACUUCCACGAUGGAGUCCUAUCCAUCUCCUGCUGCCUUCACACGCUGUGGUCCACCUGGCUCCUCACUGGGGCUCUAAUGGUCCUCUGGACUCUUUCCAGUAGCAGCUCGGCACUUCUUCUCCUCACCUGCUCCAGGAAACGCUUCCAGGCUGGACGCCAUUAAGGAGAAGCACCUCGAGCAAGAACAUUCUUAUUUCAUGCACUGGGCAAUUUUGAGAAUUUUUUUUCUUCUUUCAGACUACUGGAAAGACAACAUUUACUUUACUUAGUUUAUUUGUGUCUGCAGUCCCCCUAAAUUCAGCAACAGUUACCAUUAGAUAAUGCCUAGUUUAAAUGUAUUAGAUAUAUCUGUUUUUAUGAUGUUGAAAAUAACUUUAUUUAUUAUUUAUGGAGGGAUUCAAAGAGAUUUUCAGAAUUCCCUCUUUAAAAAACGUUGACUCUAAUAUAUCGACAACAAUAAUGUUUUACCUAUAGCCAUGAAAAUGAGCACAUAUUGAAUAAGGGAAUGCCUCAUUUGCACAUUCAAACAUACCGUUUCAGAAAAGUUUGUACAUUUGUAAUUCCGUGAUGAAAUUUACUGGCAAGAUCUGUGUGUUACCUGGAAGCUGACAUCACGUUUUUGAAUGUCAUUUUUAAAAUGCUGUUGGCACUGCAAACUAUUUUAUUUACCUCAACUGUAUCGUUGUGUAAAUCUCAAACACGUCUCACAACCUCAGCAAGAGCUCUGCACGGCACUAACGGUUCUUCCCCUCAGCCGGGUGAACCAUGUACGAUAGAAUCCUCCAACAUGGUGUUGUUGUUCUCUUCUAGCCGUGUGCUGUGGGCAGGAUGGUGGUGGUGCUCAGCAGGUUCUGGUCCUCGGCUCCAGGUCCACAUCUCACUCGGUCUGCUGAGCCUGAAUGUAAAGCAGCUAGACUCUAAGGC